AUCGAGCUGUCAAAUUACUUAUUGUUUUGUAAUAUUUUCAUCAGUGAAAACGUGAAACCUGUUAUGCGAAAGUGUGUUUCAGUUCCGCAAUAAAUGUACAUAAACUGUUAAUAUAUUCGUGCGUGAACGCGUCCUGUGUACAUCUUUGCAGUUUGUGAAAGUCUAUUACGUAUUAUCUAGUUCACUGCUGACUAGUGUUCCGGUUCGUCUGUGUUCGGUCGUCUUAGCGUCGCGGCGUCCCUAACAGGUGGUGGCCAUUUUGUGAUCAAGGAAUAAUUAUGUUUCGUGCUGGUGUUUUAUUUCUUACUUCCGUGUUACUAUCCGUGUUUAUUGAUGCUUUUUGCUGAAAAUGGUACUAAAGUAGUUCAAAAGUGAAGUGGUGCAAAAGUGAAGUGGUACAAAAGUGAAGAAGUACAAAGACGCUGCAGGAGUAUAGAGCUCUACCUACCGGGUCGAUACACUCCAUAAGCGACCCAAAACCGAAUAUUAUGAAUAUUACUCGAGCUUAAACUCAUUGAACCAACGGGUUAGUGCCGAAUGCGUACUGGAAUCCGGGUCUACGCGUGAUAAAAAAAAACUAUGAACCAACACAAGUACGGACCAGUCCGUCGUAGCCACCAACAUUACCAAACGAAUUAUAUGGAUCGUAACCAAGUCACGAGGAUUCACCUUUUGUGUUUUGUGCUAGUGUUGAAGCUAGUCAGUGCCUUUUAUUCUGAAGUGUUUGUGUAGGCAAUUGGGACUAGAUUGUGGUUACUUUUCAACAUGUGAUGAGUAUCUGGGAAGAGACCUUCGUGUGGGAAUGAUCUACCAAUGCCUGGGAAGAGACCUUCGUGUGGGAAUGAUCUACCAAUGCCUGGGAAGAGACCUUCGUGUGGGAAUGAUCUACCAAUGCCUGGGAAGAGACCUUCGUGUGGGAAUGAUCUACCAAUGCCUGGGAAGAGACCUUCGUGUGGGAAUGAUCUACCAAUGCCUGGGAAGAGACCUUCGUGUGGGAAUGAUCUACCAAUGCCUGCCUCUGUUUGGUGAGUUGAUUGUGAAGCUACUGUUUCUCGUUUGCUGCGGUAUAAUCACGGUACUGCUGAUCAUUCACAAGUACGACAAUUUGGAUAACUUCAAGCGAACGCUCUAUCACCGAUACGCCGAUGAUGGCGACGAGUUCUUUGCGAUGCCGCGCAAUGUUGACGGUGAAAAGAUGGAUUGGCACAAUUACGAACAAAUGGAGGAAGAGGUGAAACGGAACGGUCCCGGUGAACAUGGUCGACCGUACAAGCUUACCAGCAAGAAAGAUAUCGCACUCAACGAUAAGCUGUUCAAGGAGAAUGGUUAUUCGGCGGUGGUUAGUGAUAUGAUCGCGUUAAAUCGCUCAGUACCGGACAUACGACAUCCAAAUUGCCGCACCAAGGUAUAUCUUAAGGAACUCCCAACGGUAAGCGUGAUCGUGAUCUUCUACAACGAACACUGGAGUGCGCUGCUCCGCACAGUGUACAGUGUCCUGAACCGAUCUCCUCCUUCACUGCUGAAGGAAAUCAUACUGGUGAACGAUCACAGUACGAAACCAUUUCUUUGGGCACCUCUGCGAGAGUUUGUGGAAACGGAACUGACGCCCAAGGUGCGUCUAGUGGAUCUUCCUGAGCGAUCUGGUUUGAUCGUUGCACGAAUGGCGGGUGCCCGAGAGGCUCGGGGUGACGUACUGAUCGUGCUGGAUUCACACACGGAAGUUAAUACCAACUGGCUACCUCCCCUAUUGGAACCUAUCGCUGAAGACUACCGCACGUGCGUUUGUCCGUUCAUCGAUGUGAUCGCACACGACACGUUUCAGUAUCGGUCGCAAGAUGAAGGCAAACGUGGUGCCUUCGAUUGGAAGUUCUACUACAAACGUUUGCCACUUCUGCCGGGUGAUCUUGAUGAUCCGACGAAACCCUUCAACAGCCCAGUAAUGGCGGGUGGAUUGUUCGCUAUUAGUGCCAAAUUUUUCUGGGAACUCGGCGGAUACGAUGAGGGGCUGGACAUUUGGGGCGGUGAACAGUACGAGUUGAGCUUCAAAAUCUGGCAAUGCGGAGGUCGUCUUGUCGAUGCGCCCUGUUCCCGUGUCGGACAUGUCUAUCGAGGAUACGCACCGUUCGGCAAUCCGCGUGGCGUUAACUUUGUGGUGCGAAACUUCAAGCGCGUCGCCGAAGUGUGGAUGGAUGAGUACAGUCAGUUCCUGUACGAACGUAAUCCACAGUUCGCCAAAACGGAUCCGGGCGAUUUAAGCAACCAGCGAGAUCUACGGGAAAGACUGCAGUGUAAACCGUUCAAAUGGUUCCUGGAAGUGGUGGCACCGGAUUUACUGGUACGCUACCCGCCCCGCGAUCCGCAACCAUUCGCAUCCGGUCGGGUGCAGAGUGUGGCCAAUCCGAAACUAUGUCUCGACUCGUUGAACCAUCAGGCGAAGCAACCGAUCGGGCUGUAUACGUGCGCUUCGAACAAAACUCACCCGCAGAACAACCAGUUCUUCACGCUGUCUUACCAUCGGGACAUUCGUGUGCGAAGCAACGAUAAGUGUCUGGAUGCGGCCAAACUGAACGAUGAGAUUGUACUGUUUAGCUGCCACGAGUCUCAGGGCAAUCAGAUGUGGCGAUAUGAUUAUGUUUCGAAAAUGAUCAUCCACGGUAAAGACCACCUAGGGCAGUGCCUUGAAGCGGAUCUCUCCACUAACAAGUUGUUCAUCAGAAGCUGUGAUAGGGAUAAACCGUCCCAGAAGUGGAAUUGGGGUUACAUCAACUUUGUGCACCUGCAGAAUUGGGAUGUUUAUGGAGCAAAGUUUCUGUAACGAAACUAAUCCAUUUGCCACUGUUUGUGUUUCAGUGCCUUUUAAUGAAAGCAUGUGUAGUGCCAAAAUCAGAUGUCAAAAUCGUGUUGCCUUUUAGAUUAUGAAAUUCAUGUUGUAUACGUUUCAGUGUUUGAAUCAUCACAUUAGACUGUAUUUAGAUGUAUUCUGUACGUUCAAUAGAUGUAAUACAAUCUUACUUUAUAAUUCUGGUGAAUGUAAAUAUUUCCUUUAGUAAGAAAAACAACUUUCUCUAAUUAAAUUAAUUGUUAGACAAGCAAUUGUAAUUAAAAUAUUUAAAAAUUAAGGUAACAAUAAAGUACGCACUUUACCGUACAAACGAAUUUAAAAUAUUUGACCACUGUUGAAUUUAAAUCGACCCACAGUGGGAAGCUAAAGCGACAUCUAGUGGCAAUCUAAAGAAACCAAAAUUCAAACCGUGUGCUUUGUCGUUAUUUAUUUAAGCAGCAUCUUCGUUUUUUUUUUGAACGAUUAAUUUAAUAAUUUUUUAAAUUUUUGUUUUUUGUGCAAUUUUAUUUUUAUUGCUUUAACAAAAAUUUAUAAUAAAAAUAAUUAAAUUUAUCUGAUUGGGGUUAUUUUUCCAUUUUUCAUUUUUAAUACAAUAGCGUGGACACAUCUGUAACACACGCUCAGUCCCGUUUCAAAUCCAAUUAGGGAUUAAAGGUACUGGUUUCGUGAAAAUUAAGUAUAAAUUGUGGACGAGUUGCCAACAAACCAUUCCCUUAGCCAAUUCAACAAGAGUUAAAAAUUGGAUAAAAAAAAUCUUCAUACAACAACACAGUCUGGAAACAAUUUAUCCAAAGGUUUUGUAUGUUUUCACACCAUAAACACCUCGGUUCGGGUAAAGAGCAAAUAAUAAAAACUCAAAUUAUGUACGUUUAUCUAACAUUUAUCAAGUGCUAAUUGUUUUUUAAGCUACUCACUCGUCGUACAUGCCUCCCCUAUGAUUGUUUCUGUGGUUUCCCCCCUUUUUUAUGUGUUGGAACAAUAACAAAAAAAGGGAAAACCUAUGCUUUUCUCGAGUACGCAGACAUUUCACCUUGUAAUUGACAAUCGCCUUUCUAAAUUAUAUCGCAGCAGCAUCUCGUAAAGAAGGAACGUUUGGAUCUACAACUUCUUUGCUUCAACAUCAAUACAACUCCCCUUGUGCAAUUGCACCCCUAAAAUGCAUCCCAUGCACAGGUUAGCUGUAUGCGUUGGAAAUAUGUGUUUUUUAUCUUUCGUUUUCUUUGCUUUUCAUCCAUUCUUUCAUUUUCCAUCAACGGGCUUAAGGGGGUUUUCGUUUUGCUUGAUGAAAAUUCAUCAUCCGUAGCUCAUUACAAAAAAUGUGAUUUUUUUCCUUGUUCAGCUGCAUGUCUUACACGUCGUACGGGUGGGAAAAUCGUGGAAUGAAGGAAACGCUUAGAGAUAGAGAGAGAGGGAGAGAGAGAGAGAGAGAGAGAGAGAGAGAGAGAAAGAGGAAUGCCACAAUUAAAAUCCAUCCUUCCAUUCUUCUGCAGUUGCCGUAGCAAUGCAAGCCUUAUACGUUUUUUUAAGUAAAGAACAACGAAGACGAACAACGAAAAAAAAUAAGAAGCACAGCAUUCAAGAAAGACCACGUUUUACUCCAUCCAAAUGUGAAUUUCAUAAGCCAAAGAGUUUGGUAAUGCAAUUUCUUAUCAUGCAUGGUAAUGAUCCAAAUAAAUGUCCAAAGAUUAAUAUCCAGAGCAAGUUGUCAUUCUGAUGAAUUUUCGGUAGAAUCGUUUGAGAAAAGCGUACAAACACAAAUGUGUUUGUCUAAUAUUAAAACUAAGCAACAAAUUAUAUCGUUGAAAUGUGUUUUACUCACAUUGAAUUCUUAUCGUGCCAUUCAAUCGUUUAAAAGUUUCUCUUUUGUCUUAUAUUAUUCUUGAUUGUAUAGCGUUGUACACUACAGCGUGGGAGGUAGAUCAAGAGCCUAGGGAAUGCAAAUUAGCUUCCUGCACAAACGCAGCAACCAGACAGCUUUCAAUGUCAAUCAUACCCUUCAAAGAGGCA